UCAUCCUUCUCCCUCUGUCUCUGUUACCUUAACCUUGCUGAGAAGUAUUUUAGUUACUCACUGCCUGCACCUAGAGGCAGCAUGCAAACAUCCAGGGCUUCGACCACCGCAGUGUGUGCAGACAGCACCAUCCCUAGUGGGAUGCGUCUUGGUCCCAUCCCGGGCAUCUUCAAACUGGGCAAAUACAUGGCAGACCGUAAGGAGUCAGGGAUCAAGAAAAAGGUUCGAAUGGUGAGAGGAGACUUGGUUGAUGAAGCUGGCUGCCCAGCUGUAGAAUGGAUAGGGUUAAUCCGUGCUGCAAGAAAUAACCAAGAACAAAAUCUAGAGGCCGUUGCGGAUCUACCAGGGGGACAGAUAUUCUACAGAGCUCUGAGAGAUGUUCCACCCGGGGAAGAGCUGACAGUUUGGUAUUCUAACUCUUUAGCACAGUGGUUUGAUAUUCCCACUACAGCUACCCCAACGCACGACGAAAAAGGUGAAGAACGGUAUAUAUGCUGGUUCUGUUGGCGGACAUUCAAGUAUCCGAACACAUUGAAAGCUCAUAUUCACUUCCACUGUGUUUUAAGUAACGGCAGAGGGCUUAUUGUCAGUGACCAGACCAGGCACCCCGACGUAUUUAGCCUAUCCCCCAAAUCGUCGGAAGGAGCAAAUUCCACAACCUUGUUUCGAAAUGGCCACAAUCAAUCCAUGAACUCUAGCACUUCAGAGCACAUCAAAAAGGAAUUUUCUUUGCCCCUGUCCGUAAACAAGGUUGGGGUGAACAAGAAGACAGCUGGGAAAGAAGAACAAGAGAGAGCCCUAGAUAUGAGUGUCACUUCGGGAAGAAGCCAUCAUGGGCACAUUUUAAACUUGGGCAUCAGUGCACCUGUUGCAAGUGGCAUGACUUUCUAUGCUGGCAUAAGGUCUGCAUUCAAGCCAGCAGGUAUUUCUAAAGUGCUAUCGCCUGAUACAUCAGGGGAGGAUAAACACACUGCACUAGGAUUCAGCAAACUACUCGGCAGUCUCAAAGCAAGCCGCUCUGGCAACGAAAUAAUGGGCAGCCAUCACCACGCCAAGUGCAUGCAUCCGGUUGAUCCGUCACCCUCUGUGUUGUCUUGCAGUAACACAAUCCGAGGAUUUCCAUUGCUACCAUCACACUUUGAAGAUAUAUCUGCUUUUAAACAAGUAGAACGAGGAGCACCAGCUGGACUUUCCCCGGGUCGGUAUGGCCAAAUCCCUCCUGGGCUACAUUUAGAAAGGUUUUCAAUUCCCCAGUUUGAAGGAAUCAAAUCGUACCCCGGUGAAUGUAACGUUCCGGUCAUGCCUUUUACGGUUUACAAUGGAGAACUGUUGUAUAGCUCUCCCUAUUAUCCAUUCAAAUUUCAUUUUAGCAACUUAAUUAAAUACCCAGAGACUGUAUCGUACUUUAGCGGUCCAACCAUGAACCCAGAUUUAAACUGUAUCAGUAAUAUCGACAGGGAAUUAGCUAUGCACACACAACAACUGUCAGAGAUAGCUGCGGAGAAGAACCGAAACAGACUAGAUGUCAUCCCAAGCAGCACAUCGAAUGGGAAGCCAAAAAAGGGUCACUUGUGCUUAUACUGUGGAAAACUGUAUUCUCGCAAAUACGGACUUAAGAUUCACAUGCGCACUCACACAGGUUACAAACCACUGAAAUGCAAAGUUUGUCUUAGGCCUUUUGGCGACCCUAGCAACCUGAACAAGCACAUACGGCUGCACGCGGAAGGAAAUACGCCAUACAGAUGCGAGUUUUGUGGUAAAGUGUUGGUAAGGAGGAGAGAUUUAGAGAGGCAUGUGAAGUCUAGGCAUCCAGGCCAAAGUUUAAACAAAGUAGAUGACAAAAAUGAACAUACGUACAGAGAAGAACAGAAAACAGAUGAGAGUGACGUUGAUGUCUGUUUUACAGACGACCAGAGCGACCACGAUUGCGGAAGAAGUGAUGAUCAAUAAAACGGAGACUUUUCUUUUUUUAAUAUUAUUGUUUUCUGUACCAGUCCAAACGUAAUAUAUAAUGUACAACAAAUAGUCCAGCUCCACAGACAACGGAGAAGUUAUUUAUCAUCUUGAGUAAACGGUUUGCCUUAGACAUACAUAGUGCUUGUUAUCAAACAAGUAGAGACUAUACGCUGUCUUUGACUGGAAAAGCAGAAAAAGAAAUGUUAAACUAAAUAUGUGGUCCUUUAUUCACUAAUUUUACAUAUUAUCAGUGAUACAUAUUAGUUUUUAAAGAACUGUAGGCAGACACAGUCUUGACGCAUCCAUUAAAAAAGUGCUGAAUUGUGUAGAUUACAGAUUAAGUCUGGUGGCAAUUUUACUGAUGUGGUAUUGUGUGUUUUAAGUAAGGGUGCCUUUUGAUACGUUGUCAAUUCUAAAAUUUUAUUAUUGGUGUUAGGAUUACUGAUGCGUCACCGUUUUAAGUAUUAAAAUUACUGUCUUAAGCAGCGGAGCACUGAAAAGAAACACAACUUUUUUCAUAAAAAAAUACUAUUAUAUUUAAGUACUUUGAGCACGUUUUGUAAAUAAUUAAUAUUAAAAGCAUGAAUGCAUAUAAAGUGGACAUAUAAUGUAAAUAAGCAUAUAAUUUUAAAGAAAAUAUAACUAUUUCUAUUAGGAUACAUGUUUGUGUGACUGUGCUUUUUAUUGUUUAACAUACAUUGUUUGGUUAGAAGGAAGUUUAUCGUGGCAGUUUUAAUAAAAAAGCCUAGUCCAAAUAUUUUAAAUCGUGACCUGGACCAACAAUUAACAAAUUAACCAAAAAGGUUGCAUAUCUUUCUUUUUUGUAAAAAAGGUUGCAUAUCUUUCUUAUUCAACGAGUACGAAGAUGAUUGCACGAAUGAAUGA